CUAGUGUUUAGCUACUCUAUCACUAUUAUAAAUGACAUGCAACAUGGCUACUGGAAAAGCAUCGCUACUAGAUGAGAUAUGUGAUGACUUGUCUACACUGUAUGACAGACUCUAUACAGCUCGCAAUGAAUGGUGUUAUAUUGGGUUGAAACUGAAUCUAUCAACUGAAUCAUUGAACGAGAUUGAGCUUAAACAUGAUUCUAAGAUGUGUCUUUUCAAAAUGCUGACUAAACGACUGCAAGAAGUUGGUCCGCUCUCAUGGAGGGAGGUGUGUGACUGUCUCCGAUCUCCAACCGUGAAUCGUAUUGAUGUGGCAAAGAAGAUUGAGGAGUGGAGAAAAGAAAUGAUGGGCCAAAAGCACUCUACACCUGCUCAAGUUCCUUCUCGUUUAUCAAAAGUAGUGACUGGCCAUGGUCCCGUAAAUUAUCACUCCAGUUUGGACGAUCAAGUGGAUCACCUGGAGACAAAGUUUCAAUGGCUAACGAAAGAAGCAUAUCGAAGAAUGAAGAUAUCUGACGUUAGUGUCGACGAUUUCUAUGUCGCUAUUUCAAAUAUGAAGUUAUUAAUGAAAUGUCUCGCUAAAAAGUAUGUUGAAGAAUGCUUUGAGAAAGCCAGUACGCUAGCAAAGAUUUGGGGCAAACUAAAUCAUUUCUGGAAUUUCUUCAACUAUGAGCUUUUCCAACAAGUGGUUCGAGUCAUGUUCACUGAAGCAGAUGAUCCUUUGCUGAGCCAACUAGCUGAAUAUGAGAAUGAGAUGGAAAUAUUUCUUUCUAGAACAAAACUUUAUGACUUUGUUGACCAUUGGCCAUUUUCAAUUGAAAAACCAAAGAAAAAAGCGAUUCAAAAACUUAAAAGUAUAGUCAUUACAGUGGGCCAAAAAUGGGAAGACUGCACUUUACAUGAUGUGAAGAAAACUAGAAGAAUUUUUUCAGUAGGAUUUUCCCUACCUCAGGAAUUUAUGGUGCUGAAAGGUGCUGGUACCGGCAGUGUGUCGAUCCUCUUACAUGCCCCUCCAUCUCUGGCUAGCUCAAUAGAGGAACAGGUGAAACAAGGAAAGGAAGACUUCUUAGCAGACAAUGGCUUCAUCUCCAUCACCAUCAAUGGUGUCCAGGUCUACCCCCUCACUCCAAUGAAGCAUGUCUCUCUACAAGCUUUGACAAUGGAAGCACCAAAGAAAGAAAUGCACUCUCCAACAAAAGCAGUUGUAAGUCAACACAGAGAAAUUGCUCAUCUCUCCAGUUCAGUGAGGUCUCUACAGAUACAGCCUAGGGAGGACACACCUCAGGGCUCAGGACAGAGAGAGGUACUCCCCCUCACCAACAAGAUGGCCAACAGAAUCACAGCUCCCGAGUUGGAGCAGUUCGUAGUCGCUACUGUUCAGUUGACUGGCCGUGUACUAGGAGCAGGUGCUUAUGGCAGUGUGGAAGAGGUGGAGAUAUUUGGAGUAACGGUAGCUGCCAAGAAAUUGCACCAACAGCUUGUCAACCUGGGCUCUCCACAGCAGGUUGAGAAAUGGGUGAAUGAUUUCGUGGAGGAGUGUAAGCUGAUGAGCCAGCUCCGUCACCCUCACAUAGUACAGUUCCUGGGGGUGUGCUAUCUCCCUGGAUCCCAACUCCCCGUCCUACUGAUGGAGAAGCUACAAACCAGCCUCGACAACCUUCUGGAAACCAGCCCCAGCAUUCCUAUUGACCUCAAAGUGCACCUUCUGACUGGGACUGGCCGAGGGGUAGUCUAUCUGCACAGUCGCACUCCACCUAUUGCCCAUGGUGAUCUAUCUGCCAGGAAUAUUCUAGUCGAUGGCGGUCUCAAUGCCAAGAUAGCAGACUUAGGUGUUUCUAGGAUUGUGAACAUUCAGCCUGGAAAACUUGCUGCCUCAAUGACUCACGCCCCAGGCAAUAUUUGGUACAUGCCACCAGAGGCAGCUCAAGAGGAAGGGGUCACACGAUACAACACUGCCAUAGACAUCUUCUCCUUUGGUGUGGUAUCUCUCUUCACACUGACGCAAACCUUUCCCAAUGAUCUCAAGCCUGCAACAUAUCGAGAUCCUGCUACACAAAGGCUGGUUGCUCGCUCAGAAAUCGAACGCCGUGAACAUUAUAUCGAAUCAAUGAAAGCAGCUCUUGGUGAUACCCACCCCCUAGUCCAGUUGACCCUCGCUUGUCUGGAGUAUGUAUCUGAAGAUCGACCAUCUGCUGCAGUGGUGUUGAGAGGAUUGGAGGAGGUUGGAACAACACUCCCUCAGAACUGCACCCAGACCAAGCUGGAACUGGUAGCUGUGAAGGAUGAAGAGAUACAGCAAGUUGCUGAAAGAGUUGCUGCUGAGAAACAAGCUCAAAUUGAUCAGUUUCAACAGCAAAUCAAUCAAUUACAAGCAUCUAACAAUCGUCUUCAAGCUGAGAAACGAGAGCAAGUUUGUGGACUGGAAGAACUGACCACUCUCCAACAAGAGCAGUUGGAAGUUCAACGCAGAGAAAUUGCUCAUCUCUCCAGUUCAGUGAGGUCUCUACAGAUACAGCCUCGGGAGGACACACCUCAGGGCUCAGGACAGAGAAAAUAAAAACUAACCGACUUUCCCUGUGAUUCUGGAUUCUGCAUGCAGCAAAAUUAAAAAUGUUCAUCAUGAUAAUA